ACUAAAUAAAACAACAACAACUAUAAUCAACAGCACCUUUAACUAUUAAGCAAAAAUUAUUAAAUUAAAAUUGAAAAUUUAAAAAUUAAAACAAAUAUAUAUAUAAAAUUUUAUGGGGAAAAUUAAAAACCCCUCAACAAACGGCAACAACGAUUAUAUUAAAGGUUUACUAAAAAAACAACAACAUCAAACAAAAAAAAAACUUUUAAAACUAAAAACAAAAAUUUCGCACAAAACAUUUAGAAAACAAAUAAAUUCAAUAACAGAGAGAGAGAUAAAGAGAAUUUUCUAAAACUCGAUCAAUUUAAGGGGUCCAAUGUUGCAGCAACACGCAACAUGUUUACAGCAACAUAUAAAGGAAACAACAACAACAAUUACCACUUCUACUUGGCCACAAACAACAAAAGCAAAAACCUCUACAGCAAUCAAAUACAAUUUAAUAUGUUUAAACAACAAACAUGAAAAUUCUCUUAAAACACACUUACGCUCUCAACAAGGGAUAACAGUUAAUCUUAAACUCCCUCUAGCUGCUGGCACUCAUUUAAACAGCAGCAACAACAAUGUUGCCCUGCAUAGGUCCUCUUCCUCAAACAACAUUAAGAGCAAUAACAAUAAUAGUAAUAAUGUUAAUGAAACAUUAGCAACAACAUGGGCCUUAAAUUUGCUAAAGACAACCAAGCAAAAUGCACAACAACAGCAACAACAGCAGCAGCAGCAAAAACCAACAGAAAUUAAACCAGGCUUAGCUAAUAACAAAGCUUUAAAGCCUCGUUUAAUUUUCUACACGGAAAACUCCCAAAAGGCACAAAUUUUAAAAGAAAGAAAACUUUUAAACGAGAGCAACAUGUUGCCGCUAACACAAAAGCAAGAAUCCUUAGAUUCACAAAAACAAGAAUCAUUAGAUUUUAAUAGUAAACGUAGAAGAGGACGUCUAAGGUUGUCUUAUGAAAUUAAACAAAAUUUGUUGAAAAAGGAAAAGCAGCAGCAACAGCCACAGCAGCUGGAAUAUAAUGUGCCAGCAAUAUUGUUUAUAAACAAUGUUGCUAAAGUAAUAACAACAUUAUUGUUAACAUAUAUGUUAGCGUUUAUAAAACAAAUAAAACAACAUAAAUUUGUAUAUAAACCACAACAACAACAACAAAAAUCCAAAAAAACCGUUAAACAACAACCACAACAAAACUCUCCCUAUAAAAAACCAGCAGAAAAUUUAGUAUUAUCUUUAAUAAAACAAAUAAUUAUAAAAACUAAAACUAAUAAUUAUAAUAAACAAAAACGUAAACAAACAUCAACUACAUUAUCAUCGUCUUCAUCAGCAGCAGCAUCCUCCAACUCCAACAACAAUCCCCUACUCCUUUAUGCCUUUCUCUUCUUAAUAACGCUCCUUAUACUUCCAUGUCAUCAACCCCAUAACGGUCUGGCCGAAGCCGCCAAACCUAAAUCGGCCACUCAACACUCUAACAACAACAUCAACAACAACAACAAUCAUCUGCAACAUCAACAGCAGCAUCAGCAGGAUAAACCGAAUAUCGCCUAUGCUGCUGGGGCAGAUAAUGUCCAUAUUGAUAAGCAGGGCACUGUCUUAACACCGCCCUCAUAUCAUGUUGUAUCAUCGCAAACAUCGAAUGAAGAGGAAACCGAAUAUAUACUCGAUUCGGAUGAGCGUAAUUUCGAUUUGGAAAAUGAGAGCAUAAAUGAGGUAAACGAAGACCAGGAGGAUGAUAUGCAGGAGCAGGAACGUGAUUCUUAUGAAAAAUAUGAUAAUGGUAAGUUUAAAUUAAAAAGCAAACUUGACAAAUUUAUAUUAAAGGUAUCUAUUAAUAAGAUUUUUUCGAUUUCAAGAAGUUUCUUAGGUUUUUAAUCAGUUUUGGAAAAU